AUCACAAGACUCAGUUUCUCCAGUCUCCAGAUCAGUGCAGUUGUCUAAUUUGAACUUUGAAAUCGACUGAACAGCUGCUUUGAUAUAAGAUAAAAUAUUAUGAAAAAUUAAAAACUACUAAAAACGGAAGUGCCUACAAAGUUCAAAAACAGUGAAAAAUGGACUACUCUCAUCGUCGAAGGCUGGAUGCCUUUUGUGAAGUUCUUAUUCCACAUAUCGACAUGACCGUAUUAUGGCCUUAUUUGAUCCAAAACAGGAUAUAUGACCGAGACGACGUCAAUGUUCCAGUCUGGAAGAAAAAAUUGAAUGACUUGCAAACAAUCAGAGAUAUUUUCCUGACGAUAAAAACUCGAGGACCGGAAGCAUAUGAAAAUCUUCUUCUAAGUUUGCGGCAGUCAGAGCACGACAUUUUAGCAGAAUAUCUAGAAUAUGCUUCUUCUGAAUCAAUUUCGCGAUCAUAAAAUGUAGCUUUUAAUUGUAAAUUUGAACAGAAAAUGUAUAUUUUUUUAUAAUAACUGAACGACUGAUUAUUUUGAUAUGAAUUCCAUGAUGGAUUAAAUAUUUUUCUAUUAUUACAAAGUCCAACUUCUAUUCGAAAAUGAUUGAAUUGUAUUUGCAUUGCAAUAACAUACAUUAUUGUACAA